AUGUUACAAGAGAUGCCCAAGACUGGGGGCGAGGAGACUCCCGGCGCGUUCGCGUCGGUCUCGGACGCCGAGAAAAGCGCGAGAUUGGACACCUCAGGCCGCAAUGAAGCUGCACCAAAGCCACGCAGCUGUGUGGUAUGCCGAAGUCGCAAGGUUCGCUGUGACAAGCGGGCGCCAUGCUCAAACUGCCGUCGGGCAAACAUUGCGUGUAUCUUUCCCUCCACAGAUCGCCCUCCGAGAUGGGCGCGUCGCCUCGACCGUCUCAACAGCGCGUUAUCCAACCCGCAGGCGUCACAGGAGGUCCGACCGAUAGCUGAUGGAGUGAUGGAAAGACUGCGGACUUUGGAAAGCCUUGUCAAAGAUCUCACUGGUCAGUUGGAGAAGGCUAAGUCCGCUGCUGGAGGGUUGUCUAGUGUUGGCUCGCCUGAGAGCUCUAUGCAUGAUCGAGAACCCGAGCAACAGUCACAGGCAUUACCCAAUAGCACAGGAGAUAUGCAGCAGAAUUUUGGAAGGCUAGUUCUCCGGGAUGCUGGUCGAAGCCGUUAUAUCAGCAGUGGCUUCUGGUCCCGGGUCAAUGACGAGAUCGAUGGCCUGAAAAUGGAUACCCAAAAUUUACCUCUAGAAGGAUCUGAUACUUCGGAUGAUGAGGCAUCGCCGGGGAACACCCCAUCUACCCAGGAGCUUGAACAGACACCUUCAGACCGUCACGCAUUCUUAUUUGGUCACAACCUGACUUCUUAUUCCCCUAAUCUCACAAAUCUUCACCCGUUACCAUCACAGAUACCGUUCUUACUGGACGUGUUUGCUGAAAACGUGAAUGUCAUCCUCCAAAUUGUUCACCUUCCCACCGUCAAGGCGAUGGUUCGUGAUUGGCGCAGCCGUGAAAUGAAGGGACUCACACCAGCCAACGAAGCAUUAAUGUUCUCCAUCUACUAUGCUGCCGUAACGUCCAUGGAAGAAGAUGAUAUCAUGAUGAACUUCGGAGUCCCCAAAGCUGAACUAAAUCUCAAAUACCGCCAAGGUUUUGAGCAUGCUCUUGCCAGAGCCGAUUUCCUCAACGUGCCCGACCUAGUAUUGGUUCAAGCAUUCGCCAUCUUUCUUGGUCUUGUUCGCCGGCAUGACAGUCCAAGGUUUGUAUGGAUGAUGACUGGGCUAGCUAUUCGAAUGGGGCAAGCCCUGGGACUACACCGUGAUGGAUCAAAUUUCGCACAUUUGACCCCUUACGAAGUUGAGAUGAGAAGAAGAAUAUGGUGGGUGUUGUGCCUUUUGGAUGUUAGAGCAUCCGAAAGCCAAGGCUCGGACUAUACCAUCACAAGUGCUAGUUUCGACACCAAACUGCCAAUGAAUAUCAAUGACACCGACAUUGAUCCGGUCUCGACGAAAGUUCCCCAAGAGCACGAUGGCCUGACGGACAUGUCGGUCGCACGCGUCACCUUUGGAAUGUGCCAGGUCACAAUGCAGAUGAUGUCCCACGGCUUCAAGGACAAGACACCGAGUCUGGAGGAACAGAGUCGCUCGUUGAACCAAAUUUACCAGACCCUUGAGCAAAAUUUCCUCCAAUACUCAACCGAAUCUGGAAACAUAACAUAUUGGGUGGUCGUUAUUGUCGCGCGCCUGGUUAUGGCAAAGAUGGCCUUGCUGAUCUACCUGCCUCUGCUAUUUUCCACUGCCAAUAAUGAAUUUUCCGAAGAGCUCCGGACGAAACUGCUGAUAUCAGCAAUUGAAGUCGCCGAAUAUAAUCAUGCUCUGAACAGCGAAAAUGCAUGUCGCCAUUGGCGGUGGGCGUUUCAGACCUAUACACAUUGGUACUCCAUUGUAUACAUGAUGAUUGAGAUCUCGCGGCGCCCAUGGUCUCCAAUCUCCGAGAGAGCUUGGGUGGCCCUUCACAGUGCCUGGCUUAUCCCCACUCAAUCGCAUAUGGACAAAAGCCUCCGAAUCUGGGUCCCGCUGCGGAAACUUAUGAGCAAAGCAAGACAACACCGGGGUAUGGAACUUAAACGCUUGAGAAGCGACCUUAGCGCUGCCGAACAGCUAGAGACGGAGUACCAAGAUCUACCGUUGCCAUCGAGCACCGGGCCAUUUCCACCCGGUUCCAACUCAGCAGGUGUCUUCCUUGAGCGAUGGCGCCAUAUGGUAUCAAAUACAGAUGAAGGGCUCGAAUCAGGAGUACCGGUUCAUUCUCCAAACGCGACCCGAACAACCUUGAUGCCUUCUGCCGCUGCUCAACAGGCGAAUUUUAGCCCAGGGUUUACCAUUGAGCCGCAGUGUCUUUCUACUGGAGCCUAUUACCCUGAACAGAACGUGCCAGCUAACACGAUUCAUGGACUCAACUCGGGCCUGCUCCCCGGUCCAAGCGUCGAGGUUGGGACGGAGCAGCCUACUGUCUCGACGCAUAGCUCAUUUACACUGCCCUCACAAGUUGCAGCGGGUACUGAGCAAGACAUUGCUUCCUGGCUGUGGACUGAUGGACAUGCACUUGCCGAGUUUGAGAAUCUCCCCGCAGAAAAGAUUGAUAUGAACAUGGACAUUGACGGAGAAGUAAACUGGUACAACUGGGUUGAAUCUGCGAAGAAAGUUGGAAACCGACCCGCAUUGGACAUUCUUUAUCCGAACUCGGAUAACCCCAGUACAGAGGAUGCAGAAAUUGACAUCGUCGCUGUUCAUGGCCUUGGCUCCAAUGUGGAUUGGUCAUGGACCUGGAAAGAUGAUACACAGCUGGUGAACGGCAAGCCACGCCUCGUGAACUGGUUGAGUGACAGUGACAUGUUACCAAAUAAAGUGCCUAGGGCACGAGUCCUAGCCUACAACUAUGAGUCAAGAUGGCAUCUUGAUGCUGCCACGACCCGGCUCCAGGUCUGCGGUAAACACCUGGCAGACGCAAUUCACGAGUUCCGUGAAGACUGUAGCGAUAGGCCGCUCAUAUUUAUCGGACACAGUCUGGGUGGGAACGUUAUUCAACACGCUCUUCUGUACGCAGAGACUGAACAAAACUUGAAAUACUUAGUCGAGCUCACAGUUGGCCUUAUAUUCUUGGGCUGUCCCUUUAAAGGCUCAAAGAUACAACAGUUGGCAACUGUAGUCAUCCAGUCUUUGAAGGUGGCCGGCGCUGACGAGGGCAUAAAUGGAUACCUAGGAUAUGGUAGCACCGUUCUGUUAGACAAGGUCGAUAGCUUUCAGCGGCUCCUAGAAAGAAAUUCGAUCCCCUUCUGCGCUUUCAUUGAACAAAGGAAGACAGACUAUGGGAACAAAAUCUAUAUCCCAGGACUUAUCAAGGAUUUGGUUGUGAACGAAGAGUCUGCCGGCGCGUUAGGUCCACACAAAGUUCACUUGAACACGGAUCAUUUCAAAAUCAACAAGUACUCUGGCCCGCAGGAUCGUUCAUUUUUGAGUGUAUCGGCGAAGAUCAGCGAAAUGUACAAAGGCUGGAGACCACUGAUUGCAAGCAGAAUGUCUGGACCUCAAUCUGGCGUGCAGAGAAAGCUGAAGUUCAACAAAGACCGGCACGAAGGCAUCGUUAAUUUCUUGGCAAAGUUCGACUUUUCGGCGCGGUACAGCGAUGUCUUCCUCGCCAGACAUAAGAAUACCGGCCAGUGGAUCUUGGAGACCGAAAGCUUUCAGCAGUGGCUGUCAACCGCCGGAAAAACACUUUGGUGUCCCGGAAUCCCCGGAGCAGGAAAGACCACCCUUUUCGCGAUUGCAGUCAAUUAUCUUCAAGAAAGAUUCCAUAUGAAGGAAGAUGCAAUUCUUUUUGCCUUUUGUGACUACAAAGACCGAUCGAACCAAACCGCACACAACAUCUUGCUCUCUCUGUGGAGGCAACUGAUGCAAAAUCGCAUCCUGACCGAGGCUGAAUGUGAACGACUCGAGACUACGUAUGUGAAAAGAGCCGUUCUCCCAACAACCGACACGGUCUUGAACAUGCUGUCAGACGAAUUGAGCAAGUAUUCCCGGGUAUUCAUCUUGUUAGAUGCCUUGGAUGAACUCAAGACCGAAACACGCGAUGAAUUGCUGUAUCUCAUUUCAAACCUACCCAAAAACAAAAACUUGUUGGUGACGUCCCGCGUUCCAAAGGAGCGAACGUCUCCUUUUAGUGAUGUUCCUCAAUUGGAGAUUCGAGCCAAGGAAACGGAUCUCGCAGAGUACAUCGAAGGUCGACUACAAUCUAGCAGACUCGCCUCGAAGUUGAUGCACAACAACAAGCUCAAGCGUGAGAUCAAGGAUACGGUUAUCAAGAAAGCAUGUGGAAUGUUUCUCCUUGUCAAGCUUCAUCUCAAUGCCCUGGCAGAUCAGCAUACCACAAAAGGUAUCCAAGCUAGCCUGAAAAGUUUGCCUGAGGGAGAGAAUGCCAUCUCAAAAACAUACGAAGACGCCAUCUCCCGUAUCUACGAUCAGCCACAGAAAGAUCGGGAACUUGGCGAACUGAUCAUUCUGUGGAUCGCUCACGCCCAACGACCCUUAAGCCUGAAAGAUUUACAAUAUGCUUUGACUCUACAGGAAGGCGAUGAUGAAAUUGAUCCCCAUGACCUCAUUCCCGGAGAGUUACUGACUUCAACCUGUGCUGGCCUUGUUACCAUUGAGGAUGUGUCAGGAAGAAUCCAGUUUACCCACUCCACCGCCCAGGAAUAUCUCGACUCAAUCAAAUCCACCAAGUUUCCCAGUGCCGAUGUAUACAUUGCCAAGCGUUGCAUUCAAUAUCUUUCGUUGUCUAUGUUCUGCACAGAUACCAAAGAGAUCCACACGACAGCCUUUUCAAACACUGUUGCCAAAUACCCAUUUCUGGAAUACGCGGCACUUCACUGGGGACUACAUGCGAAAAAGGCCGACGGCGACGAGGUUAAAGAUACCGUUAAAAAGGCGGUGGCCUCGUUUUUCAACCUCAAGCUGCAGUCUAUCUUUGCGGUGCGCACACUGUUGUGCGGGAUUGCCGGUGUAGACGGGGCUGAGAUGGGAGACAGUCUGGCGAGGAAUGAGCGAUCCAUUAAGCUAAUCAACAUUCUGGCCUAUUUUGGGAUGGACUUCCUGAUUACGGACCUAAUAGUCAAAAGACCUGAAGUGAUUGUCGAGUCUUUUGAUGAUUUUGUUGGAAAUGUCUUACACUGGGCAGCCUUCGGCCAACAUGACACGACACUGGAGUUGCUGUUGAACCAACCGUCCAUAUCCCAAAUUUUGAAUCAGACGGGAUAUUCGUCCUUUACUCCGCUGCAUAUAGCUUUGGUCCACAGACGCGACAAAUCGGCUGAAAUCCUGUUGGACCAUGGAGUCGAUGUCACAGUUAGAGCCCAUUUCGGCCAUACGCCCUUGCUAGUGGCAGCUCUAACUGGCAAUGGAGCGAUGAUACCGAAAAUUCUCUCCAAGGAGAAAGGAAUCGAGACAUUGUUAGUUCAGGGACACGGAGGAACUACACCCUUCCGUGCCGCUGCAGGGUGGGGGCACAAGGACGCCAUGGUUGAGCUCUUGCGUGCGCUGGAGAACUAUGAGCUAAGUCCGGAUCUUGACGAGCUCAGGGACGACUUUGGAAGAAAUCCGCUCCACAUGGCGGCGGAACACGGUUAUUUGAACAUUUGUGAGGUCCUUCUCAAGUCAAAGUAUGGACCUCAACUUGCUAUAAGCGAGGAUUACUGGGAUGCCCCUCCAGUGGCCUUGUCCAUUCUUCAUGGUCAUGUACAGGUAACAGAAAUGUUUCUUACCUGGGAUGAUGGAGCACUACUGGAAAGCGAAGAAGGAUUUGUUUCAGGGGCGUUGUUAAUGGCGGCUCGAUGGGGACAGCCGUUAGUUGUUGACAUGCUCUUGAAGCGCCACCCUAAAAGUUUCUUGAUGGACUUUCAGAAGCUCACAGUGCUCCAUCAUGCUGCUUAUAGCGGCUCUUUGGAAACGGUCAAAAUUAUUCUCGAUCACCCCGAGGGACGGCCUAUGCUGGAGGCGCGAGACAAAGCUGGAAAUACACCGCUAAUCGGAGCGUGCAGCAGAGGACUUGCUGAAAUUGCGGAGUAUCUCAUUGCGAAAGACGCCAUGGUGGACGCCAAGAAUGACAAUGCAGAAACAGCUCUUCACCUUGCCUGCGAGGCAAAUGUUCAACAGGUCAUCAAACUUCUGCUCCAGUCUGGCGUUGAUACCAACGCUGAAACAUCAGAUGGACGAACAGCAUUCAGUGUUGCGAUUGAAAAUGAUGCGUUAGAAGCGAUCCAGUUACUCUUGAACGCAGGAGCUCCUGUUCCAGAAGGGGUCACCAUCCCUGAGAUACCCCCUUGGAGGAAGACUGCAAUGGCUAAGGGAUAUCAGCCUGAGACGCCAAGAGACCAAUUCGAAGCCUAUUUCUAUCUCAAAAAGGCCACUUCUGGCAGACUAUCCUCUUCGUUGAUCUCGCAUAUUUUCGAUCUCGCUGAAUACUGGCUAGUGAGCGAAACCGAGCGAGUUGAAUCAAAGUGUGCCGCAAGGCAGCAUGGCGAUACGACGAUCUACCUGCGAAGCGCCCCGGUAUUCGGAAACCUACACCACCCUGUGAGACGAAUCCACUACGAGGUGAUCAGCCACGACCAAGGUUACAGCGGUGAUAGCCACCUGCAUGGAAAAUAUGAUGGCUCUUAUACAUGGUUUGAUGCGAGCCGUGAAGGCAGCCCGGGCCCAUUCCAAGAAGUGGCCCGCCGAAUCCCUGGACCGGAAGUUUUACGAAAUGUUCAUGCAAGAUAUGACUGGCAUAAACAUCGCGUGACCUGGUGCUCUACUACUGGCGAAAGAUGUUUCCACGUGCGCACAGAUGAAGAAACAAAGGAAGAGAUUGAAGAACCUGUUUCAACUGUUCGCUACGACCACAGGUCACCAAAGCCUAUGCCUCUCAAGUGGAUCCCUGAGAUCAAUCCCGGAGACCGACUGAUCAUGAACGCUGUAGCUCAGUUUCCGGGGUGGGAGAAUUACGUUCAGAGAGCCAAGGCUGUUAUCUACACAAGCUGCCUCAGGGCCAUGAACUCCAAAUGGGACCAGGAUACUUUGCUCAGUCCUUCGGCCCUAAUGAGUCAAUUAUCUUCUUGCUCGACCGGCGGAUACUCUGUGACUUAUACACCGACCUCCACUGCCUCUUCAACGGUCUCUGCCUCAGCCACCGUUGCCGCUAGUCGCUGCAACACGACUGACCCCGAUCAAACUGUUUACAAGGUUGAAUCCGGAGAUACCUGUGUUUCUAUCUCAGUAGCUCAAAAUGUCUCCAGCUCAGCCUUGAUCAACUUGAACAGCCUUGAUAUGGGGUGUACACACAUAGUGGCUGGGGCGAACAUCUGCCUUCCCGAUGUUUGUGAAAUCUAUCGCGUUCAGGAGACGGAUACCAUCGACAAAAUCGUUGCUAGCCUAUCCCGUCAAGUCUCCGUACCUCAGUUUGUUGCAUGGAAUGCCAAUCUCAACUCAGCGCAAAGCUCGGAGAAUCUGACUGCCAUUGCGGGGAAGUACAUCUGCGUCAGUCCUCCUGGUACUCUCACACUCCCCGAUACCCUGGCUCUGAGGCCCGCAACCACUGCUGUCUCUGUUCCUACCGACGCGGUUACUAGCUCCAACACCGACUGUGGCCACUGGUAUCAGAUCCAAGCUGGUGAUACCUGUGAAUCCGUGUGCAACAAGUUCAGCAUCUCGCAAUAUGAUUUCGAUUUCUUGAAUCCCCAGGCCGCAUUGAAUACAACCUCAAGCUGUGGCAGCCUCUGGAAAGGGAACAGCUACUGCGUGCAAGCAGUGGGUAACAUCAACACCUAUGCCAGCUACACAUCCAACACCACCAAAACUCGUACAACACUCGCUAGCACCAUUAAUCCCAACGCGACCCGAACAGCCAACCAUAGCACCACAAACCUGUUCUGGUCAUUCCCUUCCGAUCUGACCACCACCUCAACCUGGACCCCGGAUUCCGCAUACCUCGCAUCUCUUGCGACCUACACGCUCUGUGAUCAAGUCAACUCAGUGUAUAACAUCACCGAUUACGAUCUAACAGACGAGAUGUACCAAGAUGAAGCCUGGCUGAGUGAAUACGAGCGCGUGUGCUAUCUUCCUGUCAACGGUUCCUUCCCGACUGCCGGGUUCAACUUCAGCAUCACGCUGACAGAUGAUUCAAGUCCCUCACGCAUCGUCUACGGUCACUACUGCAACCUCUACUACCACAGUUGCGACCCCAACGAGUACGAUCUCGGAAAAUGGUCUCUGUGGACCGUCUAA